AAACAGGAAGGCGUUUGCAUCUCUGGUGGAUGCCUGUCUCCAUUUGCUCUCUUACGUGUGCAAUAUGAAGUGUAACCUCAAAAAGAAACUCAUCCUCUUUUCAUUCAUUUGCUACUGCAUUCUUAAAGCGGAAUGUAAUCAAGUUAAUGGUACAACUGGAGGAAAUGUCAACGUUACAUUCACUUUUCAGGAUCUUGGUGAAAGCAGUCUUCCCCAAGGACAGAUAUGUCUGCACAAAAAUGAAGUCAAGAUUGGAAAAUGUCACAUUAUUGGGGCUAACUCUGCCGGUUUGGGAAAAAUUGAGUUCAAUAAUGUGGAUGUUGCAAAUAAUAACGUUACACUGUGCAUUACAAAUCUCACCCUAGAAGAUACAGGAAUGUAUCAUGUUGUGUUGCAUAACGAAGGCGAAAAGCCUCUUAUUUUAAGCAAUAACAUUUAUCUUACAGUCAACAUUUUCAAUAAAACAACAGAAAUGGUGCCCUCAUCUGUGCAUGAAACAACAGGGACUGAUUCCCCACAACCAGAGACAUCAGAAAAAAUCCCAUUUUUUAUUUUCUUGAGUGCAUCACUCAUAAUAUGUAGUAUAUGUCUCUUUGUGAGUUUGCUGUGCUGGUUCCAUAGGACCUGCCCAAGAAAAUCAGAUAACCUUCUGGUUCAGAACAACAGCACAUCACAACAAGGCGAUUGUGGAAGACCCAGUACUCUGUCUGUCAGCUGUGUGGAGUAUGGAGAGUUAGACUUUCACAACAGACCUGAAAGACAUGACAGAGUAAAAUCCGCAGAGUUGACAUCAAAGGGCCAGGAUGGAGUGGAAUAUGCUGCUAUAAUUUUCCCUCAGCAAAAACAGACACCAAGUGGGAGGAUGAGAGAUGUACAGCAAGUAGCUGCCAUUAGAUAGUUGAAGGCAUGAAACUAUAAACAUACCACGCACUGAGCACUAAAAAAUCAUAACAUUUUGUUUUUUAGCUUUACGUUUUCUCAUUUCCUCAUGUACACCUAAUGUACAGUGGCCCCAAAAAGUAUUUGGAAACUUCAGCCACGCUUAACAAUGUAUAAAUAUCAUUGCAUUAUAUAAAAAAAUAUAUCAGUUGCAUUUUUUUUUUAAGAGAAAGAUAGCACAAGCAGAAAAGCAAGUUUGUUAGGUUUUAAAUGAAAAAACAAUAUGCAGUUAAAAAUGAAGACAAAAAGAAUUUAGACACUUAGUCAAAUGUUAUUGAAACAUGUCCAUAGUUAAUGUGCUGAAGGGACUUCAUACAUCCACUACAAAUCACAGCGACACAAGUUGAUUGAAAGUAAUUUAGCAAAAAUGACUCAAAAAAGUUAAUUUAAUUCUGAGAAAAGCUCUAGCAUCAUUUGUUUUCCGAUGCCACUUAAAUUGAUAUAUUGUUGGUUUGAUUAGGGUUUCUGACCGUCCCGUAUAAGCCAGGAUGUCCAAUAUGAACACGUCCAAGGACUCCUAUUGUUCCGUAUUCUAGCAGCGAGCCGCUCGAUGGAGAUCAAAACGCCUGGUUGGAUGGCAAAAUGCUUGAGGGUCAUCCCCAUCCCGUAUUGCAGCACUCAAAAUGCUCAAGACUCCCAUAUUUGCAUGACGAAAAAGUCAGACUGAUCUCACAGUGAAAUCGAAAACAGUAGGUUGUCUUUUCUUAAAGGAAUAGUUCA